AUGGAGAGAUUCACUGAAGAAGAUAUAAGUGAGUGGUGCUGCAGGAAAGGGAAAGAUCCCAAGAAAUGUUUUGGUAUAGGGGGAAACUUUACGGAGUUUUCUGAUGAAGAAAUUACAGAGAGAUUGACACAGUUGUAUGGAGUAUUUAGACCCAAAAUUGUCGACAAGUGGAUCGGAGGGUUGGGGAGAAUUGCAGCUGUAUUGAUAGAAACAGACAGAGAAUUGGACGUUGAAGUGAUACCCUCAGUGGUGGUAGCUAGUGAAGAGUCUGGAAGGAGAUGGAGUGUUAUGUGGCCUAACACGCAAGAUAAAGAAGCUACCAGUGCACCCGUGUCAGCUGUUAUCGGCCCUAUACUGAGCAACCCUAGUAGAGGUGAAGAGAACGGUGAAGGGGGAGAUGCUCAUAACAGUAAUACUAAUACUAAUGAAAACAACCAGUUUGAAGCUGUCAUGGAUAGAGUAGUAACUCAACUGGAGAGGUGGCAUUAUGAAGGGAGUUACCGACGGUUACGGAUAUUUUCUGGAAUUACCCCUGUGCCUGUAGGAGAAGAGACGUAUGAGGCAUGGAAAGAAGCUGCAGUGCAGCAAACAGAAGAGUGGCAGUGUCCGGACCGCAUUAAGAGACAAAGGGUAGUAGAGAGUCUGAGAGGACCAGCAAUGGGAAUCAUACAAGCCGCUAGACGUAGCAAUCCCAAUGCCACCUUAGAUACUUACUUUGAAUCAUUAGAUUAUGCGUAUGGGACUUUAGAAGAUGUAGGAGAUCUUACUUCCAGACUGCAUCAUACAUUUCAGGAAUCUGGAGAGAAGUUGAGCGUAUUCUUAAUAAGAUUGGACAAAUUAUUAUAUAAAAUAGUAGAUAAAGGAGGCAUAGCUAAAGAAGAAGUUGACAAACGCAGGAUGAAACAACUACUCCGGGGUGCUUCUACUAUGGAUCCUGUUGCCCAAAAAUUGAGGUGUUCAAGUAUUAGAGAUCCCUCUCCCUCUUUUAAUGAAUUAUUGAAGGAGAUAAAGCAAGACGAAGUGUUAAUAGAUAUGAGAGAGAAGGUCGUGAAAAAGGUUAAAGUGGUUAUGCCAGUAGCCGAAGUCAAUACUUUUGAGGAUAAAAUCCUAAAAAUGAUGGAUGAACAAAAUAAAAAAAUUGAACAGUUUAUUACCAGGCAAAGUGCCAACGCCGAGAUUCCUCCACCAAGGUCUUCCAGUGAUAAUACUCUAGUAAGGGGCCUAGGUCGAGGGAGUAAUAACUAUGGGUAUGGGCGAGGGUGCUUUAGGUGUGGAAGAACAGGACACCGGGCAUUUGAGUGUAAUGCGACAAGAAGUAUUAACCGGAAUAAUUCUAGGAUCACCUCGAAUGAGAAUCAAGACCGAGAGCAAGGGCCGGGAAACGGUCGAGGGCGGUCUGUGGACCCCGCACAGGCCCCCUAG